UUGGCGAGACUGUGCAGGACAAGCUGCAUGCAACGUGAGCAUGGAGUGCCGGUGGGCCUAUGCGUCCCCGGUCAUUUCGGUUUCCUGAGCUCAUCGCGUCGGCCACAGCUGGAUAACCUCACCAGGUUUCGAAGAAGGCUGCCUGAAAGAUGCUUAGAUGCGCGGCUGAGUGCGUAGACAUAGUCGUUGAGGGCCUUUGCUGUGGUGAAGUCAAGAUGGUCUACUUUCCACGCGUUUGCGGACCUCCGCCCGAUGAAAGACCGCAUCACUCUCAACCACUCGUGCUGUCCUUUGGCAGACUCUCUGUCUCAGGCUCCACUGUAACUGCCAUGCGGUCCGCCGGCGGCUCGUGGCAGCAGUCUCGAGUCUCAAUCCAUCUGUCAGCGGAGACUCGCAAUGCCCUCGGCGCGUCUACGCGUGGCUAUUGGACAGCUCCCUCAUCUUCGUAAGAUACUUCAUUACCGUUUGUGGCGGCACAAUCUAACAAUGUUUACAUUUUGGGAUGGCAUAUCGUUCCGACCAACGUCAUUCAAGGUGAGGUCAAUCGUGAAAUCAUCAAUGGACGUGUACCUGCAAUGACGGCAGCAGCAGCGUACGGUCGCGUUCUCGGACGAUACACUGUAUUCGACAACGCGCAUGGGACAUGUGAUCCCCCAAUGAC